AUGGCGAAAUCGACCGACGGAAGCACGCGUCUAGACGCCGGGUUCUCGGACAUGCGUUCUCCGAUAACGCCGUCAGGUCUGCAGAAGACAUCAUCCUCCAAGAUAUACGAACGCUCUGUCGGUUACCUCCCAUUCGCUAAGCUAUUGAACCCGACCCUCAAUAGUCUGAUUAUGAAGGUCGUCGGCGGCCAGAUGGCUCGUGACAACAUUAGGUUCACUGAAUAUGCCGAGAGUCAACUCCAGCAGCGUAUCAAAAUCGAACGACGAUCUUCAACUAUGGAAGGAACGAGCCGCAAAGACUUCGCACACUACCUACUCAAUAGCAGAGACCCCCAGACCGGGAAAGGCUUUGAAUAUAGCGAACUCCAAGCUGAUAUCGGUCUUCUCAUUGCUGCAGGCGCCGACACCGUUGCAACCACACUUUCCGCAACGUUUUUCUACCUUGUGCAUAAUCCGCAUGUCCUCUCCAAGUUGACUACCGAGCUCCGCUCCACAUUUGUCUCCACCUCCGAGAUCCGUCACGGCCCAAAGCUCGCCUCGUGCAAGACGCGGACUAUUUAA